AUGCAAGGGCCUCUUGACUCGCCGAGUCAAGCAGAAGAUCGUAGGGUCGGACUCGCUAACAGAAUCAGCAAACUGCAUCAAACAAGAGCCUCGGACUCGGUUUUCCAAGAAACGCGACUGGCAUUUUCGUGGCCUGUCUACAGUUAUUCCACAGCGCGCUUAAGCUCUUCCAGCGCCUCCUCCGUCAUAGGGAUGUUGCUGAGUGGAACGACAAGUGCGUUCCCCGCAUGUCGUGCCCAGCGUGCCAAAGUCGGAGUGCAUCUCGGCAGCCGCGCUUCGCGCCAGAGCUCUGAGUAUACGGUCUCGCGGCCGGCGGGCAGCUCAGGGUGCCAUGCAGCGAGAGAUUCGCAUAUUGUAAGCGCAUCCGCAAAAGAGGCUACAAUCGAGUGGCACAGAAGAUCGGGUACCAGGGCGGAUGGCGAGGCGGAUUUAACCUGUGCUCAGGAGGAUCAGCACGAGUCGAGCGGUCCUUAG